GCUGCUCACACCGUCUCAUUUCAUUUACAUGAUACUAUCAAAAAGGCCAAAGUAUCUAUCAAUAUCCAGGGCCACGACAAAUUUGAACAUGAAAUUAGAGUGAGGCCGAACGUUGCCAUAAUUCAUAUUCACACCGAUAAACCGAUAUACUCUCCUGGAGAAACAGUUUCGAUUCGAGCACUCCCAUUAACAUAUGAGGGUAGUGUCUUUGAUGGUAUCGUUGAAUUCGCGCUAAUGAAUCCGCAUGGUUUCGAUCUUGUUCGGAAGCAAAAUCGAACAUCUGAUGGCUACAUAGCCCUAACAUUUGUUCUGCCAAAACAUCUGUUCUAUGGCCAGUGGCGUAUAGUCGCUAGACCUAUGCCAGUACAGGAUCCGGACCUAACGUAUGGAGUAGAAUUUUCGGUCAAAGAUUAC